CCAAAAAACAUCCUGUAUGCGAAUCUGCGUUCUCCCGGAAAACGGUGACUUCCCCGCCGGCGAAGUUCCUGAAAUCUUCUUCAAAAGUAAUGGAGAACAUUAAAGCUCCAUUCAGAGGUAUUGUAAAAGAUAUCCAAGGAAGAGCACCGUGUUAUUAUCAAGACUGGAUUGGUGGCAUUCGUUCAGGUUUCGGGAUAUUGGCUCCAACCACCUAUAUCUUCUUCGCAUCUGCCCUUCCUGUCAUUGCCUUUGGUGAGCAAUUGAGUAGAGAUACAGAUGGGAGCUUGAGCACAGUAGAAACUUUAGCUUCUACUGCUUUAUGUGGUAUCAUACACUCAUUUCUCGGGGGACAACCUCUUUUAAUAUUAGGAGUUGCAGAACCCACUGUUAUCAUGUACACCUAUUUGUACAAUUUCGCAAAAGGAAGGGAAGAUUUGGGAAAGACAUUGUUCUUGGCCUGGGCUGGAUGGGUUUGUGUCUGGACAGCACUCUUGCUGUUUUUUCUUGCUAUAUGCAAUGCUUGUACUGUUAUCAAUAGAUUUACAAGAAUUGCCGGAGAACUUUUUGGCAUUUUAAUUGUUGUUCUCUUCAUCCAAGAGGCUAUCAAGGGAGUUGUAAGUGAGUUUAAUACCCCCAAAGGUGAGGAUCCGGCAAUAGAAAAGUAUCAAUUUCAGUGGCUUUACACAAACGGAUUACUGGCGAUCAUCUUUGCUUUUGGCCUCCUCUAUACUGCCUUAAGGAGCAGAAGGGCAAGGUCUUGGAGAUAUGGCACAGGGUGGCUCCGAAGUUUCAUUGCUGACUAUGGGGUUCCUUUAAUGGUCUUAGUGUGGACAGCACUGUCUUUCAGUGUACCGAGCAAAGUUCCAUCUGGAGUUCCCAGAAGGCUCUUCAGCCCUCUCCCAUGGGAAUCAGCAUCAUUGUACCAUUGGACUGUAAUCAAGGAUAUGGGGAAGGUUCCUCCGGCAUACAUAUUUGCUGCUCUCGUUCCUGCUGUCAUGAUUGCUGGGCUUUACUUUUUCGACCACAGUGUUGCUUCACAGAUGGCACAACAAAAGGAGUUCAACCUCAAGAACCAUUCUGCUUACCACUAUGACAUAUUGUUGCUUGGAUUUAUGACACUGCUUUGUGGAUUGAUUGGACUACCUCCUUCAAAUGGGGUCCUGCCACAGUCCCCUAUGCAUACUAAGAGCCUCGCUGUUCUCAAGCAGCAGUUGAUUCGAAAGAAGAUGGUUCAGAGUGCCAAGGAAAGCAUAAAACAGCAAGCUAGCAACUCUGAAAUCUAUGGCAACAUGCAAGCCGUGUUCAUAGAAAUGGACAGCUAUCCAAAUACAUCAUUGGUAGUUAAGGAGCUGGAAAAGUUGAAAGAGGCAGUUAUGAAAAAUAAAAUUGAAGGAGAAAAUUCAAAGAGUACUUUUGAUCCCGAUAAGCACAUUGAAGCCUACUUGCCUGUCCGAGUUAACGAACAGAGAGUAAGCAACCUGUUACAGUCACUCCUUGUGGCAGCAUCAAUAUGUGCUAUGCCCAUGAUAAAGCUGAUACCUACAUCAGUUCUUUGGGGAUAUUUUGCCUAUAUGGCCAUUGAGAGCCUCCCUGGAAAUCAGUUCUGGGAAAGGAUUUUACUUUUGUUCAUUACACCUGACCGGCGAUACAAGGUUCUGGAAGGGGUUCAUGCUUCCUUCGUGGAAUCAGUACCAUUUAGACACAUAGUCACAUUUACACUCUUCCAGUUCGUAUAUUUUCUGGUAUGCUUCGGAGUGACAUGGAUACCUAUAGCUGGCAUACUAUUUCCCUUGCUAUUCUUCCUCCUCAUAAGCAUCAGGCAACAUAUCCUUCCCAAGUUUUUUCAAUCACGCCACUUGCGGGAACUCGAUGCAGCUGAGUACGAAGAAAUUGCUGGGACCCCGCAGCGUUCUCUCAGUUUCUCUUUCAGGGAAAAGGAAAUUACACCUUACCUCGAAAAGGAGGAAGAUGAAGUAGAAAUGUGUGAUGCUGAGAUAUUAGAUGAACUCACAACUAGAAGAGGGGAGUUGAAGCUCAGAACUGUAAGCUUCAGCGAAGACAGACAUGGUCAGGUUUAUCCAGAGGAUGUUAUCCAAACGGAAUGAGGGAAUAGGAUUAGUAUGGAAUUGGGAAAAAUUGACGACGACGACGACGACAAUGAUAAUUAGGGCUUUAGAAGGACUGUCAUGUUGUAUUUAGUUCAUCAGAAAUGCAAUAGUAGGGAGGAGAACUGUGAUUGCUGUCAAAAGUGUAAUUUUGGAGAUAGAGAAGAAGAUGCACAGCCACACUAUUUUCAUAAUGUUAUUGAUGAAUAUAAUAUAAGGCCAUACUUCAAUAUUGA